CAAUGUAUAAAUACAAAAUAGUAAUAAUACAAAUACAUAUUCAAAUAUUUUUAUAGUUUAAAAUGAUCGUUAUUAAGUUUUCAUUGGUUAUAAGCUGUUAUAUUUCGUUAGGAUACAAUUCAGAGCAUUAAAAGGAAUAAGGUUUUUUUUUUUUUUUAUUACAAUUAUGAAAUGGACAAAUUUAGGUCAUACAAUAAGAAGAUAUUCAAAGAAUGCCAACAGCUUUCAUGUUGGCAUUGUGGGAGCGGGCCCGGCCGGCUUCUAUUGUGCACAACAAUUACUCAAAAUAAUUCCCGGUUGUCGGAUCGAUAUUUAUGAAAAGUUGCCUGUUCCAUUUGGACUUGUGAGAUAUGGGGUAGCUCCAGAUCACCAAGAGGUUAAAAACGUUAUUAAUACAUUUUCCAAAACUGCGUCAAAUCCAAAUGUUCGGUUUAUUGGUAACGUUACACUUGGACAGCAUAUUAGUUUGAAUCAAUUGAAAUGUUCGUAUAAUGCUGUAGUUCUAGCUUACGGCGCUGAAGAAGACAGAAAAUUAAAUAUUCCUGGUGAACAUUUAUCUAAUGUCGUGUCAGCUACCAAAUUUAUUGGAUGGUAUAACGGAUUGCCAACCAAUAAGAGUUUUCACGUGAAUUUGGACAUAGAAGAUGCUAUCAUUAUUGGCCAAGGAAACGUUGCAUUGGACGUUGCUAGAAUACUGCUGACACCCAUUGAUAAUCUACGAAAAACCGAUAUUACAGAAUAUAGCUUGGAAGCCUUAUCGAAGAGUAAAGUAAAAAGAGUUACUAUUAUAGGACGUCGAGGCCCUUUGCAAGUAGCAUUCACAAUUAAAGAAUUUCGUGAAAUGUUAAAACUACCUCAAGUUAGCACUGAUUUCUUUGAGCACCAAAUGGACGGCAUUGAUAAAAUAAUAAACGACUUACCAAGGCCUCGUAAACGCCUUAUACAACUAAUGUAUGAUGCCUCACGAGAAGUUACGAGUAAGACGAAGAAAAAAAUAUUUAGUCUUUUGUUUCUUAGAACGCCACUCUCGAUAUUGGGCAUGGACAGUGUAGAAGGAGUUGAAUUAGCAGAAAAUAUUUUAGAAGGAGAAAAAGCCAAAAUAACAAAUGAAAAAAGUUUAUUAAAAUGUGACCUUCUCUUUCGAAGUAUUGGUUAUCGAAGUGUCCAAGUAGAUCCUGAUGUACCAUUCGAUACACAGUCAAGCACAGUUCCACAAAAUAUCGGUGUUUACAGUGUCGGUUGGCUAUCGUCUGGACCGGUCGGUGUGAUCAUAUCUACAAUGAGUCAUGCUUUUGAGGUUGCUGCUCUCAUUGGUAAACAUUUCGAUGAAGGUUUGUUGAACGAAAAAAAACCGGGAUAUGAUGAUAUUUCCAAAGUGCUCAAAGACAAAGGUGUAAUAACCGUCGGUUGGAAUGGCUGGGCUGAAAUUGACAAAACGGAAAUUGAGAGAGGCGUAAAAUUACAUAAACCAAGGGAAAAAAUUGUCGACAUUGAUGAAAUGAUACAAUUAGGUGGAAGGAUCUAAGGACAUAAAUUCUAAUUUAUUUUAUAAUUUUUGUUGAAAAUUUUACAAUUUAGCAUUAUGUUAUUUUAUAUUAGAAUAAAAAGAAAAACCUUUUUUCUAAUCCAUUUGCUAAUUGAAAACUGUAAUCAGUGUUUCAUCUAUUAUUUAUUAAAAAUUAAUUCUAAUUUUAGCUGAAAAUUAAACUGUAAUUAAAAUAUGUUUAGUUACCGACUUUUAAAUUGAUUAAUACCCAAGAUCAUAGUUA